AUGGAGGGAUGCUGGAAUUCUGGAGCUACCAAUGCCUCCCAUGGAGACUUGACUUUCAAUGUCCAGGAUUACAUGGUGCUGGAUUUACCCCAGAAGACAGCCAUCGCUGUGUUGUGCUCCCUCCUGGGUGUCCUGUGUGCCCUGGAGAAUGCCAUCGUGCUCUUCCUGAUCUUCUCCUCCCCAAGGCUCCGCAGAAAACCCUCUUACCUGUUUAUCAGCAGCCUUGCAGGGGCUGAUUUCCUGGCCAGUCUGUUUUUUGUCAUCAGCUUUGUAAAUUUUCACGUCUUCCACCAGGAAGACUCGAGGAACAUCUUCCUCCUGAAGCUUGGAGGGGUCACCAUGACCUUCACUGGCUCUGUGGGCAGCCUGCUGCUGACUGCCAUUGACCGCUACCUGUGCUUGCGCCACCCUGCCAAGUAUAAGGUCCUCCUUACCCGGGGAAGAGCACUGGUCACUCUCACAGCCAUGUGGGCCAUCUCGGCCAUGGUCUCCUACCUGCCAUUCAUGGGGUGGACCUGUUGCCCCGGAACCUGCUCUGAACUCUUUCCCCUAAUUCCCAAUGACUAUCUGCUAAGCUGGAUCAUAUUCAUCGCCAUUCUGUUUGUCGCCAUCUUCUACACCUACGCCUAUGUCCUCUGGAAGGCCCACCAGCACACGUCCACUUUGGCAAUGUACCAACAGAAGCGCUUAGCAGGCAUGUCUCGGAUGCGGCUGGACGUGAGGUUGGCCAAGACCCUGGGAGUGGUACUGAUGGUGCUAGUUCUCUGCUGGCUGCCUGUGCUGGCCCUCAUGGUCUACAGUUUGGCUGCACAUUUGAAUGAACACAUUAAGAAGGUCUUUGCCUUUUGCUCCAUGCUAUGUCUGAUCAAUUCCAUGGUGAACCCUAUCAUCUAUGCCCUGAGAAGUAGGGAGAUCCGCGCCUCUGCCAAGAACUGUCUGACCCGUUGGAAAAAUAUGCUCAGAGGCACUAGAACAGACAGUAUGGAGGAUGCUCAGAAGUCUUCGGUCACAGAAACAGAAGGAGAGAUAAAAGUCACCUGA